AUGACAGAACGGUGUCAACUGUUUAUAAGCAAGUGUUUGGUAACAGAAUCAAAUAUAUUUGAUGGUGGAGUUCUAGUAAAUCGUAAUGGAGUCAUUGAUAAAGUUUUAAGCAGAAGUGAAGCUAACGAUUUGAUUGCGGAGAAGGGAGACAAUAUUGAAGUGAUUGAUGGUGGAGAAUGGGCGCUUAUAGCAGGCAUUGUAGACUCCCAUGUGCACGUGAACGAACCAGGUCGGACUGCCUGGGAGGGCUUCCGCAGCGCCACCAAUGCUGCAGCAGCUGGAGGCAUUACUACAAUCGUCGACAUGCCGCUGAAUUCAAUUCCGCCGACUACGACAUUAGAUAACUUAAAACUAAAGGCUAACUCAGCUGCAGGUCAUGUUUAUGUUGACGUAGGAUUUUGGGGAGGAGUUAUCGUUGGAAAUCAGGACUCAUUGGGAGAUUUGGUUAAAGCUGGAGUAGUAGGGUUCAAAUGCUUUUUAUGUCCGAGUGGCGUUGAUGAGUUCCCCAAUGUGGGAGCUAAAGACUUGGAAUUAGCUUUUAAAGCUCUUGAGGGCACUGGAUCAGUUUUAGCAUUUCAUGCGGAGCUUGAAGAUGAUUCUCCCAGUGCUGAGAAAAAAAUUUAUCAAGAUCCUGAGGAAUAUAAAACUUAUCUCGAGUCACGACCACCAACGAUGGAACUAAACGCCAUUAACCUUGUAACGAAUUUCGUGGAAAAAACAGAUGUCCGAGUGCACAUAGUACAUGUGUCAUCUUCUUCAGUUGUGCCUCUUCUGGAAAAGGCGCGCGCUGCACGUAUUUCUAAAGGCAACCCAGCGUGGCGCGGCGGGGUGACUGCUGAAACUUGUCACCACUAUCUUAAUCUCAGCGCUGACGAGAUUCCAAGAGGACAUAGUGAAUAUAAAUGUGCACCGCCCAUACGAGAUGUCGAUAAUAAGGAAAAACUGUGGAAAUAUUUGUUAGAAGAUAAGCUGGACAUGGUUGUAUCGGAUCAUUCGCCUUGCACUCCUGAUCUUAAGUGUAGCAACAAUUUAGAAGCUUGGGGAGGAAUUUCUUCUGUGCAGUUUGGUCUGUCAUUAUUUUGGACGCAAGCAAGUGCGCGAGGUUUAGAUUUGAAGUCAAUAACAAAGUACUUAAGCGUCGGGCCAGCACACUUGUGCGGAUUACAAAAUCGCAAAGGAUCAAUUAAACCUGGUCUAGAUGCUGAUUUUGUAUUUUUUGAUCCAAAUGACAGCUUCAUUGUCACCUCCGACAUUAUCCGCCAUAAGAACAAGCUAACACCUUACAUCGGAAAAGAACUUAAAGGUGUUAUUAAGAAAACUUACCUUCGCGGUCAGUUAAUAUAUGCUGACGGAAACAUCGUUGGACAGCCUAAAGGAAAACUUUUAUUGAAAGAUUUGCCU